AUGGAUGAGCCCCGCCCAUGUAGGGCACCCUGGCCCCACCCCCUGGUGGUCGGUCGUCGCUCGGCAAAGGUCAUUGUGCUAUUUGAAUCGGCUCCGCUAGCUACGACAAUGCCCUCACAGCCGGCUACCAAGCACAUUCCACAGAAGCUGCGACGAAACGAACGUGAGCGAAAGCGAGUCGAUCAGGUGAACCAAGGCUUCAAUCAGCUUCGAUUACGAGUUCCUAAGCCGCACGGUUGCAAGCAGAAGCUCUCGAAAGUGGAAACACUUCGGGAAGCCGCUCGUUACAUCGAACAGUUACGGUCGAUCCUGCAAGAGGGCAGCUACCACCCCGUCCAAAUUCCUCAACGGGUACUCGCCCAGCAGCAACAGCAACAUCAGCAACAACAACAACUACAGUACUACCAUUCUCCCAGUAUUUCACCCUACUACUCACAGCCCAUGUCAAAGGCCACCGACUUCUCGCCGGCAUCAUCCUACUAUAGCGACUCCUCAUUUGAGGAGCCAAAAUACGGUAAUUUUAUGCAGUAA